UGAUGUCAUGUUGCGAUUUGAGGUGUAAUUUUUGCAUUAAUCCACGUCUAUUGAUGACAACGAUUUAAAAUUGAGUUGUGAAAUAAAACGCAUUAGUGCUUCACACACAUUAGAAGAUACAUCUUUCAAAUAAAUCAAUAUUCAUAUCUACGUAAGUGCAAAAAGGAAUCAAGUUUGGUGACUAAAAGAACUGUCAAAAGGUGAUUGAAACUGUAACGGCUCAUAAAUAAGGUGCUGAGAAACUAAUCAAACGCCGUAUCUAUGGAUACAGAUGGGUUUCCGGAAGUUAGACGGAUAAUUUUGAUUUCUUCCCUGGUUAACCACUAGGGAUGUCGACAGUAUCGAAUCAUUAUCUUAACGUGAGACCCCCCGGACGCAAGAGACGUUGUUAUUCGUGAUGUUUACCAAUCGACGGGUAUUUCUAGUCAAAUGUGUGCUAGUAAUCGUUCUUGUUUAUUUUUUGCUUUAUGUUGUCUCGAUAAGUAGCACGUCACAUUUGAUUCGAGAGUUGCAACAGUCGGGCCGGAACUUAGCCGCUUUAGAUCCCCGACAAAGCAUUGAUACGACUUUGAUCGUCAAAACGUUUGACGGAGAAGCGUCCGUGACUACAAAACGUACCCCUAUUCCUCAGCGCAUUUUCGACGCCGUCGUUUCUAAUAUCGUAGUAGCAUCGACGACUAGCGCUAAGUCGGUAACUAUUACGGACAAAGUGAAAGAGAUAACGCGCUGUCUUGAUAAGCCGUCAGAUUUCAAAGUGCAACAGCGCGGCGAUUACUGGGUAUUCUACAAUUAUGUGAAGGCCGAUCGAACUUUUAAGUGUCAAGAAACUAUCACGUAUACCACCCAUGCAGACUAUUCUUUCUUGGACAAUCUUUUGCCACUUCUGAAUAGAUGGCAGGGGCCCAUUAGCAUUGCUUUGCACGCGCCAGGAAGCGACUUCCAGAUCACUCUAGAUUCUAUUGCUUACCUGAGAGACUGUACCUCGCCCUUAGUUAAAGAACUUGUAACUUUUCACGUUUAUUUUAGCACGAAGCAUGUUCCUAAACAGAUACCACGCCAAGAUAAGAUGUUUACGGAAUCGUAUAAUUGUUCCCUAACAGCUCCUUACUUUAACGUCAGUAGCGAUCAAAUGUACAAGAGUCAGAAGAAACUGUUAUAUCCCGUGAAUGUGGGACGUAACGUGGCACGUGAAACGGCACAAACUUACUUUAUUCUUCCUUCUGAUAUUGAAUUGUAUCCUAGUCCAAAUAUAAUUCAAAAAUUCCUUGCCAUGAUUGCAGAAAAUAAGGGACCUCUGUUACGAAAGAAUCCUAAGGUUUUCCCUUUGCACUUGUUCGAGGUUAGCGAAAACCAGCAGAUUCCCGAGAACAAGACGAUAUUGAAAGAGAUGCUAAAAAAUGGUACAGCUGUGCCAUUUCAUAAGAAAUUAUGUCCUGGAUGUCAUAAUGUUCCUAAGUCGAAAGAAUGGCAGAUGGCCAAUGAAACUCGAGGACUACAUGUGUUUCAUAUAGGCAAGAGAAUGGGGUAUUUCGUUCAUUGGGAACCGAUAUUUAUUGGGACACAUUCGGAGCCGUUAUACGACGAAAGGCUCAGUUGGGAAGGGAAAAGCGAUAAGAUGACUCAGGGUUAUGCACUUUGCGUAUUAGACUACGAUUUUCUCAUAUUGGACAAUGCUUUCCUGGUUCAUAAGCCAGGAAUAAAAGUUUACAAAAAAGACCAGAAGCGUGCGAUUCUUGCUGCAAAAACCAACCAACUCAUUAAAAAAAUCAUUUUCCCUGAACUAAAAGUUAUAUACGGUGUGAAAAAAGGCUGUGCUGUUUAGUGUAGUACAUAAUAUACCUAAUAAUUCACUUCAGCUAAAAAAAGAUAUUUACAUAUUGUAACAGGAUCUUUGGCUUUUGGAUUGCUUACAGUAAACUGUAAAAUUCAUAUCGCAGGUCUUUUAAUGGAUCUUGAAUGAAGAGAUCAAUAUCUUCAGCAUUAUUAUAAACAAAUUGAAACCAUUGGCUAGGUUAUAAAAAUACAGACUUUAAGAAAACCACAGUAAAAGGCGCUCUUUGAUUAGAUAAAUCAAAUACAUCCAGGAAAGGGCUUUCCGACAAAAAUUUUGAUACAUUGAAUACCAUAUUGAUUGAUCUUAUAAUCAUAAUAGGUCAUUUUUAUCCAAAAUCCAAUAAGCCCCUUUUAUUUCAGUUGCUCAUUUUUUUAUUUUUAGUUUUAUUUGUAUUAUUUUAUGUUAAUGUUUGCAUGAUUUCUUAUUUAUUUUUUAUAUCUUGAAAUAAGAAAAUUAACAAACUGGCUUAAAGAGAUGCGCAUCAUUUGAAUUAACUUCCUUUGUAAUAUGAAUAUAAAAGUGAUGCAUAAGUAUGUAUAAGCAAUAAACAGUUUACAUUUGUUCGGUAUUUUCCACGUUUUUUUAAAUUUAUUUUGUGAUUUAGAAUGUUUACUUGUUUUAAAUCGACAUCAAUAUAAGUUGCAAUGUACUUAUUUCUUGAUAAUUAAAUGUAUCUAUUUCUUAAAAUUGACAGUUUCUGCAUAUUAUUGAUGUGCCUUA